GACCCGCGCUGAAGCUCUUCACGAUCGAUGUCGAUACCCUGUAAGAGUGUGCACAAGUGUGGUACUUGGACCCCGUCAGAUUAUGUAAGCACGUCUGACCAGCUAGACCCGAUUAGGUCCCAUCAAAACAACCUCGCGGAUUCAGUCCUCACCUGCGUCGCUGCGAAACAGUCCAACAUCAACAUUGAAUGCGACAAUUGUCGACAUGUCAGCCGAAUCUCCUGCUCGACCGUCGCGCCGGGCCACGCGCAAAACCAUUGUUGUCGACGAAUCUGAGGAUGAGCUGAGUCUGAUCAAGGAGGACAACGAUGAAGAGUUCACACCGGCACCGAAGCGCAGUCCGCGCAAGUCAACAAGAAGACAGACGACGGCAAGCGUCAGCGCGACUCCGAAACGGUCGGCGAGAGCGCGUAAGGCCAAGACCGGCGAAGGAAUCGAGCCAACCCAGAUAUUCGACCCGGAAGAAAGCCUGGCACCCAGUGAACCUACUUCCCCAUCCAAGAGUCCCUCACCGCGAAAGCGAAAGAGUACCUCUCCUCGAAAAGGACGCAGAUCCUCUAUAGCUCCUCCAAUGCCUCCCUUGCCCACCGAAGACGCCUCCAUCUCGCCAAAUCUACCACAGACGCAAGCGACACCAUUGACGGACAUCACGAGCAAGGCAUUGAACAAGCAUGCCCCGCCAAAGUUGGCUCAGGAUAUUCUCAAGCCAGCGCCCCCAGUGGAAAUGGCCUUGGACAAGCCCAUGGACAUUGUCAUUCGAGCCAGAGCUCAGGCAAUACCGCAGGUGGAAGAGUCAACAGAACCAAAGUCAAGAAUGGUGAUCAGACAAUUGGUCAUGACAAAUUUCAAGAGUUAUGCUGGACGACAAGUGGUUGGGCCUUUCCAUCCUUCCUUCUCCGCUGUGGUUGGGCCGAAUGGUUCUGGCAAGUCUAAUGUCAUUGACUCGCUGCUCUUUGUCUUCGGGUUUCGAGCCAGCAAGAUGAGGCAGGGCAAGAUAUCAGCGCUCAUUCACAAUUCAGCACAACACCAAGACCUCGACUUUUGUGAAGUGGAAGUCUAUUUCCAAGAGAUCGUCGACUUACCCGGUGGCAAGCACGACAUUGUUCCGGACUCCCAGCUCGUGGUUUCGCGAAAAGCUUUCAAAAAUAAUACCAGCAACUACUAUUUGAACGGCAGGGCGACAAAUUUCACCACGGUGACGACAUUGUUGAAGGACAAGGCCAUCGACCUCGAUCACAAGAGAUUCCUGAUCUUGCAGGGUGAGGUCGAGUCGAUUGCUCAGAUGAAGCCGAAAGCAGCCAACGAGCAUGACGACGGGCUGCUGGAAUACCUCGAAGAUAUCAUAGGGACAUCCAAAUACAAGACCCCGAUUGAAGAAGCUGCAGUUGAGCUAGAAAGUCUGAACGAAGUCUGUAUCGAAAAGCAAGGACGUGUCCAGCAUGUUGAAAAGGAGAAAAACAGUCUCGAAGACAAGAAGAACAAAGCUCUGACGUUCAUUCGAGAUGAGAAUGAACUGGCGGAGAAACAAUCCUCUCUCUAUCAAAUUUACAUUGCUGAAUGUCAAGACAACGCCGCAGUUACGGAAGAAGCCAUCCAGCAGAUUCAGGAGCAACUCAAUGCUGAACUUGACAAACACACUGGAAGUGAAGAUGCUAUCAAAGAACUAGAGAAGGCUUACAACAAAGCUCUCAAGCAGUAUGAGCGCAUCGAGAAACAAGCGCAGGAGUUUUCAAAAGAGCUGGCCAAGUACGACAAGGAGAACGUCAAGUUCGAGGAGAAGCGCAAAUUCAUCAACGGGAAGCAGAAAAAAGCCGAGAAGCAAGCCACUUCAAGCCGCCUGACAGCUUCAGAAGCACAAAGCUUGGUCGAGAAACACACAGAUGAUAUUGAGAGGAAGAGCCGUGAGGUCGCCGAACUGGAGAAAGAGACACAGAAAGAAGAACAGGAACUCGCAGCGAUCCGCGACAACUUGAAAGGCAAGACACAAGGGUUAUCUGACCAGAUAGCAGCAAAGCAAAAGUCAUUGGAACCGUGGAAUGCAAAGAUGAACCAGAAGCAGUCCGAGAUCGCCGUGGCUCAAUCCGAGCUCGAUAUCUUGACAGAAAAAGCGAACAGUGGACAGAAGGCGAUUGAUCAGGCGAAGGAGAAGAUUGAGAGCAUUGAAGCCAAUCGAGCCGAAAAGCUGGAACAGAUUGAGCAGCGCAAGCAUGAAAAGGCCCGCCUGGAGAAGGAUGUUAGGAAGAUCCAGGACGCUCUACAGAAGCUGACCGCAAGCGAACCAGAAGUCAGAUCACAGAUUUCAUCAGCAAGACAGAAAGCUGAUGAAGCACGCGCCAGCCUCGCAAGCAGCCAAAAUCAAGGUAAUGUGCUCAAAGGAUUAUUGCGACUCAAAGACACGGGGCGAAUUGAUGGCUUCCAUGGUCGCCUUGGAAAUCUCGGUACUAUCGAUGAGAAAUUUGACGUCGCCAUAUCUACUGCUUGUCCGGCUCUGGAAAACAUGGUUGUUGACAACGUCGAAAUUGGUCAGCAAUGCAUCGAAUACCUGCGCAAGAACAACCUGGGACGUGCCAACUUCAUUCUGCUGGACAAAUUGGCACAACGGGAUCUAUCACCCAUCCAGACACCGGAAAAUGUUCCACGACUAUUCGACUUGAUCAAGCCCAAAGACGAACGAUUUGCGCCAGCAUUCUACAGCAUCAUGCAGAAUACACUUGUCGCCAAAGAUCUUGACCAAGCGAACCGCAUUGCCUAUGGUGCGAGGAGAUGGCGUGUGGUGACACUUGACGGCCAGCUGAUCGAUGUUUCCGGUACUAUGAGCGGUGGUGGCACUCGUGUAGCUCGCGGUGCGAUGUCGUCCAAGCCAGUUUCCGAAAUGACGAGAGAUCAGGUGCAGAAGCUGGAAAGUGAACGAGAUCAAUUAGAAAGGCAGUUUGAGACCUUCCAAACACGACAAAGAGAGCUCGAGGCAAGUUUGCAGGAGAAGCAAGAGGAGAUUCCCAGACUGGAGACAGUGAUCCAAAAGAUCAAUUUAGAGGUCGAGAAUUGCAGCAGGAACCUCACAGAUGCGCAAAAGCGGGUACAGGAUCUUGUGGCCGAGCUUGCUGGGACUUCUGCAGAUGAUUUGCAGAUCAAAGCACUUGAGAAGCAGAUUGCAUCCAUGAACAAGGAACUUGAGAAGCUUCACUCGGAGACUGCCAGCGUCGAAGGAGAGAUCCAGGCACUGCAAGACAAGAUUAUGGAGGUUGGAGGUAUUCAGCUUCGGACACAGAAGGCCAGAGUUGACGGGCUGAAAGAGCGAAUGGACAUGUUGCACGAUGACAUCUCCAAUGCCGAGAUUGCAAAGACGAAAAACGAAAAGCUCAAGGUCAAGAACGAAAAAGCCAGAGCUGAUGCUGAGAAAGAGCUUGAGACGUUGGCGAAAGAUUUGGAACGAUUGGAAGACGACAUUGAAAAGCACAAGACUGGCGCGGCCGAAUUGAGAGCUCGAACGGAACAUUCUCAGGAAGAGCAGGCGAUAAUGAAAGAAGAGCUUGGAACGCUGAAGAAAGAUCUCGAUGCCCAGACUUCAGACUUGAACUCGACUAGAGCUCUUGAGAUUGAGAUGAAGAACAAGCUCGAAGAGAAUCAGAAGGUUUUAGCAGACAACAACAAGAAGACCCGCUACUGGGCAGAGAAGCUCUCGAAGUUGGCAUUACAUGACAUUGCCGACCUGGAAGGUGUCCCCGAACGACAAGAAGAGCAGCAGCAACAACAGCAGCCGCUAGAUAAUGAGGAGGAAAUGCCGGAUGCUCCUCCUGAAGCAGAAUCAGAUCCAGACGCUAUGGAUGUUGACGAACAGGAGAAUCCUGAGGAACAACCAGAGCAGACGACUGACAGCCAACAGGCAAGACGAGAACUGCAGACUUUCACCCGGGAUGAACUCAGUGACAUGUCUAAAGAUCGCCUUGUCGCCUCGAUUGCAGCCCUGGAGGAGAAGGUCAGCAACGCAUCGGGCAUUGACCUAUCGGUGAUAGCCGAAUACCGUCGACGUUGCGAGGAGGUGGCCUCACGCACGAGCGACCUCAAAAGCGCCGUCAAGACACGAGAUGCCGCCAAAACGCGUCUCACUGACCUUCGAAAUCUUCGUCUUACCCAGUUCAUGACCGGCUUCACGACGAUCUCGUCGCACUUAAAGUCCAUGUACCAACUCAUCACCCUCGGCGGCAAUGCUGAGCUCGAACUUGUCGACAGUCUGGAUCCAUUCUCUGAAGGUAUUUUGUUCAGUGUCAUGCCCCCCAAGAAGAGCUGGAAGAAUAUUGGCAAUUUAUCCGGUGGAGAGAAGACACUGAGUUCUCUGGCAUUGGUGUUCGCACUCCAUGUCUACCGUCCGACACCGCUCUAUGUCAUGGACGAGAUCGAUGCUGCGUUGGAUUUCAGAAAUGUUUCGAUUGUUGCUGGCUACAUCAAAGAACGAACCAAGAAUGCGCAAUUUAUCGUGAUUUCACUGCGGAACAACAUGUUUGAACUUGCCGAACGACUCGUUGGGAUUUACAAGGUCAACCACAUGACGAAGAGUGUGACUGUAGAGAAUAGAGACUACCUCGCCAUGGGUAGGCAGCGGCAGAUCCAGGCUGCGCAGCAAGGUCAAGGCGGAGUAGGUGUUCCACGGCAAGAACAGAUUCGGUAGCUUUUUGAUUUGAGGCUUGGAUGGAAAGGUAUGUCAUGAUGUUAUGAGGCGUUGGGCCAUUGUUUAGCGAGCCUUGCAUAUUACUCAGAACAUAAUGAUAC